CAGACCCUAGCCCAACCCAAACAUCGAUUCGAUCGUGCCCGCCGAACUCUGCGUAACCACGCAGCAAAAUUCGUUCUUCCUGCUCACACUCAACACUAACAAUGGCAACUGAGAACAAGCCGAAGCCCGACAGCAAGAAAAGGAAGCAAUUUCUUCCCCAUAAUAAGCCAGUGAAGAAGAAGGGGUCGUAUCCACUGCACCCAGGAGUUCAGGGCUUCUUCAUUACUUGUGACGGUGGUAGAGAACGUCAAGCUUCUCAUGAAGCUAUUAAUGUUAUUGAUUCUUUUUAUGAAGAGCUAGUCUAUUCAAAAGAUUCCACAAGUGUGAAACUCAACGAGUUGCCUAAUAAGCCCUUAAAUAAAAAGAUAAAUUUUGUUUAUUCGGAUGAUGAAGAAGAAGACGAUGAUAAUUGCGUGGAAGGAAAACCGGAGGAAAAGGAAAAGGAAGAUGAAAAGGAGGACAAGGUAGAAAAGAAUAGUUCAGAGGCUCAUCCGGCCAAUGAUGCUGAGAAUGAUAAGCCAACAGAUGAAAAGUCGGAUUCUCCUAUUUUGGAGAAGACUUGCCAUAAAAGUCAAACAGAAGAAAGCACUAAUGACGUUGAAGUAGGUGCUAAAGACGGUGAACAUCGAAUUAAUGAAGCCGAAGAGCCUUCAGCAAAGAAGCAAUGUGUAGAAUUGUCUGUUUCAAAAAAUGUUGUCCAUGAAAAGGUGGAGAAGAAAUCAAUUGAUAGGCUUAUCGAAGAGGAACUUAAAGAACUUGGAGAUAAAAGUAAGAGGCGCUUUGUGAGCCUUGAUUCGGGUUGUAAUGGUGUUGUCUUUGUCCAAAUGCGCAAAAGUGAAAACGACCCUUCUCCUACAGAAAUUGUACAUCAUAUGAUGACAUCAACUGCAUCAACAAAGAAACACAUGUCAAGGUUCCUAUUAAGAGUUUUACCUGUUGAAGUUUCAUGCUAUCCUUCAGAAGAGGAAAUCUCAAAAGCAAUGGGAGCCAUUGUGGAAAAACAUUUUCCAGCUGACACACAAAACCCACAAAAGUUUGCGGUACUCUAUGGAGCUCGCGCAAACACGGGCAUUGACAAGAUGAAAAUUAUAAAUGCGGUUGCGAAAUCCAUUCCUUUACCUCAUAAAGUCGAUCUUACCAAUCCUGGCAAGUCUAUCAUUGUUGAAAUUGUUAAGACUGUAUGCUUGAUUGGCGUGGUUGAGAAGUACAAAGAGUUGGGGAAGUAUAACCUGAGGCAGCUUACAUUACCAAAAUAGUUGUCCAUGCUUCAGGCAUUAUAUGUAGAAUUUUCACUGUUUUUACAAACAUCCAUGAGAUGGUUGAUUUGUUAGCACAUUGUCUAUUUAAUUUUUUUCUUUACUUUGAUAUAGGAUCCACACCUCUACUUUGAUGCUUAAAUAUUCUAGUGGGUUUUAAAUUUUAUUUAAUGUGGUUCAUGAUGCA